CCACCCCUUAUUUCCCCAUUGCUGUUGGAAGAAUUAUGAUUCAUGUGGUAAUUAAUUGUCUACAACUAGGAAGUGAUUAGACUGAAGCCAUACAGCUACAGCCUGUGAAUGCACAGCACCUUCUCUAUCAACUCUAACUAUGAUAACAACAUUUUUCCCUCCAUGGCACCAGUAGCCUUGGUGCUGCUUUCAUACACUGACUGAGGCGGCACAUGGAGGAGGGCUUGACAGCGCAGGAAACAUAAAUUCCGCAGGCGCAGAGAGGAGCUGCGCGGAACACCUUCUGUUCAUGGCUCAGCGCUCCGCUCACCCCGCGGUGUCCAUCGCGCUGCUGGUGUUCGGACUUGUUGCUAUCCUGCUCCUGACUAUCCCCAUUGAAGACGUCCAGGAGCCGCCGGGGUUCAUGUAUGGGAUUGUCUUGGAUGCUGGAUCUUCGCACACAGCUCUGUAUAUAUACAAGUGGCCCGCAGACAAGCUGAAUGGAACAGGCGUGGUCACCCAGCACACUGAGUGCCAUGUUAAGGGUGGAGGCAUCUCCAGCUAUGCGGGCCAACAGGGAGCAGCAGGGCGGAGCUUAGAGGUAUGUCUGGACCAGGCGGUGAAGGACAUCCCUAAAGAGAGACACCUGCUCACACCUGUGUACCUUGGCGCCACAGCUGGCAUGAGGCUUCUGCAGAUCUCAAACCCGGAGCUCUCGGACCAGAUUCUGCACGAAGUGGGCCACAAAAUCCAGUCCUACCCUUUCAGCUACCGGGGGGCCACUAUACUCAGCGGGCAAGAGGAGGGGGCGUACGGCUGGGUCACCGUCAACUACCUCUUAGAGAACUUCAUCAAGUAUGGUUUCGUGGGGAGCUGGUUGAGCUCCGGCAGACCCACGGUUGGGGCGCUUGAUCUUGGCGGAGCGUCCACCCAGAUCACAUUUGAGACCCAGGAUAAUGUGGAGGAUAAAAAGGACCUGAUGACGCUGCGUCUUUACGGUUAUGAUUACUCUCUGUACACACACAGCUUCCUGUGCUACGGCAAGGACCAGUUCCUCAAGAGACUCAUGGCUCACAUCUUGAAGUCUCAGGGUUACUCUGGGUCCGUCACUCACCCCUGCUAUCCUGCAGGCUAUUCCAGAACCGAGAAGUUGAACAGUAUAUUCAAAUCUCCGUGUACAGCAAAGUACAAUCCCACCUCCUACGACCCCCUGGCCUCUGUCACAUUGACGGGCAGCGGACAGUACGAACACUGUCUGGGCAACGUGUCGGAGAUCUUCUCCUUCGACAGCUGCCCCUUCUCCCAGUGCUCCUUCGAUAAAGUCUUCCAGCCAAACGUCAGCGGCAGCUUCAUGGCGUUCUCUGCUUUCUACUACGCUCACCUCGCGCUGCAGCGUACCACCGGCAUCACUGCACACACUCGUUCACAGCUGGAGGACGCGGCCGAAACUCAGUGCGGCAUGACUUUCAAUCAACUGAUGCUUCGUGAUCCCAACCAAAAGUCUCGUUUGCAGGACCACUGUGCCGGCUCUGUGUUCGUUAAGACUCUCAUGUUGAGAGGAUAUGGCUUUGAUGAGAUGUCAUUCCCGCAUGUUUCCUUCCAGAAGAAAGCAGGGGACACCUCGGUGGGCUGGGCUCUGGGCUACAUGCUGAGUCUGAGCAGUUUACUGCCUGCAGAGACAGUGGAGCUGAGGAAGGCCCUGACUCCAGGAGCAUGGGGCACCCUCAUCUUCCUCUCUGUCCUCCUGCUCGUGGGGGUCCUGGUCUUCGUCUUACUCCGGUCUUGUAAUGGGAAGAAUAAAGGAGGAAGUGACGGCGCCAUCUAGAUAAUAUAACGACAUAAAGUUCAGUCAGAAAAAGCGAGACAGUAGUAGGUUUUUGUUUGUGUUGGCGCUGUACUCCGACAUAUUGGAUCUGAAAUGAAACUAUGAGGUUUAUGUAAGGGUGAUUACAUUAAUAGAUGGGAGCUGUUUCUCAUUGCACACGUUGUCCCCCAAGUUUAGGUUAAUGCAGCAGGAGAAAAAGGCCCGAUUCACAAAUUCAAGAGGUUCUAAGGAAAUUCAAUGACAGGUUUUUAAACCACAGAAUGUUUUUCACUUGUCCCCAUCGUCCACAUAAAGGGCAGGAGACUGCAGGGCUGUGUCUAUCCACAAGUGGAUACACAUUAUUACUACAAUUCAUUGAACUUCACAAUUUUUCCUUUCAAAUGUAAUUUCUUGGAAUAUAAAGCAAACACAAGGAACAAACAUGUAGGCUUAAGUGUAUUGUAUAGUAGAGGCACUGACAUUCAUUUUUUGUAGAAGUGUGACUACUAUGAAGUGCUGGUUUAUUAAGUAACCCCCAGUUUAAUAUGCAAGCAAACAUUAUUUAAUUAUUUUUUAAUGUGUAUUUAAAAAUGUAUUUUUUUGAAGGUAGCUGUUUUAAUUCACAUUGUAUCCGGCCCAAGUCAAAAGCAUUCUUUUGCAUAUUAGAAAUAUCUGUUGACUUAGACAAGUUUUAGUUUCAUAAACCUUGUGUUGUUUGGAGGAGGUGGGUAACUGAUAGAAAACAACUCUUCAAUCUAAAAAUGUUUUCUUGAUGCCUUCUUUAUGAUAUAUAGUAAAUCAAACUCAUAUUUAAACCCUUCCGUGAAUUGGAAGGUAAGCUACUUGUUUUGCUUUUAGUGUGCCCACCUCUAAUGAAUUAUAGUAGGAGGAAUUUGACAAGAAUUUCCUAAAUCCUUUUCAAAUCCUGUGUGUUGAUUUUUAUGUAUCCGUAUAUUGUAGGAUCUUUCAAAUUAUUCUUGUGGCAUAUUAUAUUUUUGCUAAUGGAAACAUUUGGAUACUCCUGUCGAACAUGAUGGCAGUUUACUUGAUGUGGCUUUUAGCAUGUUAUGACUAUUGCCAGUCCUUACUAUCAUAGCAUUAGCCGUUUUAAAUGGAUUGUUAAUAUGAUGGCAUUGUGAGUUUUGAAUUAUCAUGGCAUUAUUGGUGUCUGUUUGGUCACAUUGUAUGUUUUGUCAUUUGUUUUACUCGAAAUAACAAAAUUAAUAUAUUUUUUUCCUUUGUACAA